AUGACGAAAAUAAUAAUUCUCUCAAUUUAUAUUGUGAUCAUAAAUUUUUAUAUAGUUUUAAGUAAUGAACAUUGUCCAUUAUCGAAUAAUAAUGAUUUAAUUGAUGAUUGUAAUUGUCGUAUAUCUGAUUUAGCUGAACUUAAUAAUCAACGUCUUUAUCCAUUAUUACAUAAAAUAGUUAAUAAAAAUUAUUUUCGAUUUUUUCCAGUUAAUCUAAGAAAAAAAUGUUUAUUUUGGUCUGACGAUGGUCAUUGUUCACGUCGAACAUGUGCAAUAAAACAAUGUCCAAUUGAAAAACUACCUGAACCAUUACGUGAUAAACUUAUUCAUCCACCUGAACCAUGUUCAAUAAAUCAUAGUAAUUCUACACUUGGAUUAAUUAAUAAAAAUAUAAGUGAAGAACAUCAACAAACAAUUAAAACUUGGAUUCAAUUUGAUGAUGGACAAUCAGAAAAUUUUUGUGAUGUUGAUGAUGAAACAUCAACCGAUUUAGAAUAUAUUGAUUUAUCAGUUAAUGUUGAACGUUAUACUGGUUAUACAGGUCCAUCAACACAACGAGUAUGGUCAGCAAUUUAUAAUGAAAAUUGUUUUUUUCUACCAGAUUCUAAAAUUUAUUAUGAUCUUAGACAAAAACGUUUAAAUGCAGAUAAAAUGUGUCUUGAAGGACGAACAUUUUAUCGUCUUAUAUCAGGUCUUCAUACAAGUAUUACAGUACAUUUAUGUGCACAAUAUUUUUUUCCAGCAAUUGGUGGUGGUUAUACAGGUUUUGAUGGACGAUGGGGACCAAAUUUUGAUGAAUUUAAACGUCGUUUUGAUCCUGAAAUAACCGAUGGUGAAGGUCCAAAAUGGUUAAAAAAUAUUUAUUUUAUUUAUUUAAUAGAAUUACGUGCAAUUUAUAAAGCACGAGAAUUUUUUAAAGAGCAAACAUUUUUUACAGGAAAUGAAACUGAUGAUUUACAAACGAAAGAAUUAUUAAUGAAUCAUUUUAUAAAAGAAAUUGAACCAUUUGCAAAUUAUUUUAAUGAACAUAAUUUAUUUCAAAAUGGAAAUGAAUUAUUAAAAGUUGAAUUUAAAGAACAUUUUCGAAAUAUAAGUCAUAUUAUGGAUUGUGUUGGUUGUGAUAAAUGUAAACUAUGGGGAAAAUUACAAGUACAAGCAUUAGGUACGGCAUUGAAAAUUCUUUUUGCGGAACAUCCAAUACAAUUACAACGAUCGGAAAUCGUCUCACUUAUUAAUGGUUUCAAUCGAUUAUCCACAAAUACAACAAUGAAGCCAAUAGAUAACGAACAAUCACGAUCGGUUUCUUUUUGGUGUUCAAUUCGUGUUGCUGUUGCUUUUGUUGGAUUUUUGGGCAUGGUGGCACAUUAUUCACAAAAAAUUAGUGUUGGUAUUGCUCUUGUAUGUAUGGUCAAUCAUUCAGCUAUUGAUCAUCAUAAAUCUUCUAUUGAUGUACCACUUACACAAGCUGAUAUUGAUUGUCCAUACGCAAACAAUACAGUCAAAAUUGAAGGUCCAUAUCCAUGGACAAAAAAUAUUCAAGGUAUUGUCUUAGGAGGAUAUUUUUGGGGUUAUUUGAUUACAGAAAUACCUGGUGGAUAUUUGGCUGUUCGAUAUGGUGCUCGAUUUAUAUUUGGUAUAGCAAUGAUUAUUUCUGGUAUUUUUACAUUGGUAAUGCCAUGGGGUGCAAGUAUACAUUAUAUAGUACUUUGGAUAUUUCGAUUAUUUGUUGGACUUGCACAUGGAGUUAUAUGGCCAAGUAUGACUGUAAUCAUGGCACAUUGGGCACCACCUAAUGAAAGAGGAAAACUUGUUGGUUUUAUGAAUGCUGGUGCUCAAAUUGGAAAUGUUUUGACAUUGUCUCUUGGUGGAUUAAUGUGUUCAUCGAAUUUUCUUGGUGGUUGGCCAUUAAUUUUUUAUUCAACAGGUAUUAUUGGUGUUAUUUGGGGUGUAUUUUGGCUUAUAUUUUAUGCUGAUUCACCUCGUGAUCAACGUUGUAUUAGUAAUGAAGAAAAAGAAUAUAUUCUUAGUAGUACUCAACAACAAUUAUCUAGUCAUAGUAAAAGUGAAUUUGAAGCUCCAUGGAAAUCUAUUUUAACAUCGCCUGCUUGUUGGGCACUUUUCAUUAUUCAUACAUGUAAUAAUUGGGGUACAUAUACAUUUCUUACAUCAAUACCAAAAUAUAUGGCUGAAGUAUUAAGAUUUGAUAUUAAAUCAAAUGGUUUACUCUCAUCACUACCUUAUAUUAUGUUUUGGGUUAAUAUAAAUCUCUCUGGUGUGAUAGCUGAUAUGAUUAUUCGAAAGAAAAUAUUAACAAGAACACAAACAAGAAAAGUAUUUAAUGUAUUAGGAAAUUUAUUUCCAGCAAUAUUUGUUAUUGGUUUAGCAUUUAUGACAUGUAAACUAAAAUAUGUUGCAGUAACUUUAUUAACAAUUGGUGUCACGUUCACAGGAUGUUGUUAUGGUGGAGGUUUUAUGUUAACUGCAAAUGAUAUUGCUCCAGCUUAUUCAGGCAUUGUUUUUGGUAUCUCAAAUACAUUUGCUACAAUACCGGGUAUUAUUAGUCCAUAUAUUGUUGGAGCUCUUACAGAAAAAGAUCCAAACAAUUGGCGUAUUGUUUUUUUUAUUUGUGCAAUUAUUUAUACAAUUGGUAUGAUUGUAUUUUUAUUCAUUGGAUCUGGUGAUGUUCAACCAUGGGCAGUAAAACAACAGACUGAACCAGUUGUGCAUGAACAAACUCCUUUAUCUGCACCAAGCGAAAUUACAUCAGGAAAAAAUAUUUAA